AUGUUCGAUCCAAGUUCAAUACUUUCAUGUAUUCUCACCUUCUUGUCUACAAUUCUUUUCUUUUUAGUAACUGGUAUUCAGGCACAAGCCAAAAUUCUUCCUCGAGAUGAAGUGAAUGCACUUCAAGAAAUAGCUAAAGAAUUGGGAAAAGAGGACUGGAAUUUUGACCUGAACCCAUGUGAUGGAGAUCCCAGUUGGAACACAAAUGUGCAAGACCCAAGUUCUCAGUAUAACAACAGUGUUGUUUGUGAUUGCUCGUAUCCUGCCAGUGUUUGUCACGUUGUUGAGAUAUCUAUGAAGGGGCAGGAUCUUGCAGGAGUUCUUCCUCCAUCCCUGGCCAAGUUACCAAAUAUCAAGAUAAUUGAUUUAUCGUUUAAUUACCUAAAUGGCACCAUACCUCCUCAAUGGGCAUCAACAAAGCUGGAAUUCAUAUCUGCUACGGCUAAUCGCUUGACAGGGAGUAUUCCAACAUUUUUGGGCAACAUAACCUCACUUUUAUAUGUGAUACUGGAGAACAACAUGUUCUUUGGAGCUGUUCCUGCUGAGCUUGGAAAAUUAAAAAAUUUAACAUCUCUGGUCUUGAGUGCUAAUAAUCUCACUGGUAAAUUGCCGGAGGAGCUUAAUUCUCUGACCAAUUUGAUAGAACUCCGGCUAAGUAGCAACAACUUCAGUGGGAAAAUUCCAAACCUUGGAAACUGCACAAAACUUCAGAAAUUAGAGAUCCAAGGUAGUGGUCUAGAAGGACCAAUACCUGAAAGUCUUUCCUUCUUGAGAAAUUUAACAGAACUACGAAUUUUUGAUUUAAGUGGAGAGGGCUCACGGUUUCCAAAUCUGAGUAGGUUGACAAGAAUGAAUAAGUUGAUGUUGAGAAGCUGUAAUAUAACUGGGAGUAUUCCGGGUUAUAUAUCGCAAAUGUUCAGUUUGAGACAUCUAGAUCUCAGUUUCAACAAUCUGAAUGGUGGUAUACCAGAUCUAAGUGAACUGAAUCUUGAAAAAAUGUAUCUGACUGGUAACUCCCUAGACAACAGUUUUCCUACAUGGAUCACCGGUAAUCUUGUAGUAGAUCUUUCCUACAACAACUUCAGUAAAAACACGGUACCACGAGUUUGUGGCGAAUCACUGAACUUAUUCAGAAGCUACUCUAGUGGGAAUAACUCAGACCUUGGGAAAUGCCUUAGCACCCGUCCUUGCUUAAAGGACUACUAUUCAGUUCAUAUAAAUUGUGGAGGGCCACUAGUUACCAUUGGAAACAAGACAUAUGAAGCAGAUGAAGAUUCAGGUGGACCUGCAAAAUUUGUUCCUUCAAGUGAUCAUUGGGGAUAUAGUAGCACAGGAAGCAUGUGGUCUGCUAAUGACAGUGUUGCAAAUUAUAUCGAAACUAAUGCAUCUGUACUCACUAUGAAUGGCUAUGAACUUUAUACGAAGGCUCGCCACACGCUCCUGUCUCUCACUUACUAUGGUCGUUGCUUAGCAAAUGGAAAGUAUACUGUGACUCUGCAUUUUGCAGAGAUAGUUUUCAGAGAUAAACAAUCUUACAAGAGUCUUGGAAGACGUGUUUUUGAUGUUUAUGUUCAGGGUGUAAACGUAUUGAAGAAUUUUGAUAUCAAGAUUGAAGCAGGCGGGGUUGAUAAGGAAGUAUAUAAAACCUUAAAAGGCAUACUUGUUACAAAUAAAACAUUAGAAAUCCGGUUCCAGUAUGCUGGAAAAGGUACAACAGCUGUUCCAAUUAGAGGAGUGUAUGGUCCUUUGAUAUCUGCCAUUUCUAUGGUGGCCGGUAUGUAUAUUCUCCACAUAUUUUGA